UCUCCGCCACGCGCGAGUCCCGGCGCCGAUCCCCCCACAGAGUCACAGGACCACCAACCUGCAGACUGCCGACCGAUCCGGGAACAGGUGCCAGGCGCGCCGGCGCCACCGGGAGCUGGCUGAGGCCGGGACGCGGCCACCGCGGAGCCGAGCGAGGGCUGCGCCGCGAACUGUCGCCGCUGUCACUUUGGAUUCUCAAGUGCGCUUUCCUCGGUUUGCUUUAAAAUAAGAGCUUGGGUUUCCCCGACAAGUGUUUUGGGACUAGUCCAAAACAGCAGCCCGGCUUAGCAGGAGGGGCGAGGCCGGCCGCCCCCGCGGUCAGUGUCCCCGCGUCCUCGGCUGCCUCACCCUCCUCCUGGACUUGCUGUCCCGGAGGCGCCGCCAGAGCGCAGGGCACCGGCGGAAGAGGAGUCAGCUCCGAACACGGUCAUCCCUGCGCCUAGACUGGCAGAAAGGUUGUUAACUGCGGGAGUUCACUAUCUCCCCAGCAAUAUGAAGAUUUUAUUUGUAGAACCUGCCCUUUGCCUUAGUGCAUUUGCUAUGACUUUGGCUGGUCCACUGACAACACAAUAUAUGUAUAGGCGAAUAUGGGAAGAAAAUGGCAACUAUACUUUUACAAAUGAUAAAAAUUUUUCUCAAUGUAAAGAGAACAAAAGUAGCCCGAUAUUGGCAUUCCAGGAGGAAGUUCAGAAAAAAGUAUCUCUCUUUAAUCUGCAGAUGGACAUAAGUGGACUAAUUCCGGGUCUGGUGUCUUCGUUUAUACUUCUGUCUUAUAGUGAUCACAAAGGACGAAAAUUCCCUAUGAUUUUGUCUUGUAUUGGUGCUCUUGCAACCAGUGUUUGGCUCUGUUUGCUUUCCUAUUUUGCCUUUCCAUACCAGCUGUUGAUCGCAUCUACCAUCAUUGCUUCCUUUUGUGGCAAUUCUACCACAUUUUUGGGAGCCUGUUUUGCCUAUAUUGUUGACCAGUGUAAAGAAGAAAAACAAAGAACAUUUCGAAUAGCUAUAACUGACUUCUUACUUGGACUUGUUACUGGCUUAACAGGACUAUCUUCUGGCUAUUUUAUCAGAGAACUUGGUUAUAUGUGGUCAUUUUUAGUUAUUACGCUGGCUCUUGCUGUUAACUUAAUUUAUAUUUUAUUUUUUCUUGAUGAUUCAAUGAAAGAUACUUCAUCUCAGACUGUUUCCAUAUCAUGUAGUGAAGCAUUUAAAAACCUAUUUAACCGAACUUACAUGCUUUUUAAAAACGCCUCCAGUAAGCGACGAUCUUUGCUCUGUUUGUUACUUUUUACAAUGAUCACUUACUUUUUUGUGAUAAUUGGUGCUUCCCCCAUUUUUAUCCUUUAUGAAUUAGAUUCACCACUCUGCUGGAAUGAAGUUUUUAUAGGUUAUGGGUCAGCACUGGGUAGCAUCUCUUUCUUGAGUAGUUUCCUGGGAAUAUGGCUUUUCUCUUAUUGUAUGGAAGACAUUUACAUGGCCUUCAUUGGCAUUUUUACCACCAUGGUGGGCAUGGCUAUGACUGCUUUCGCCAAAACAACAUUGGUGAUGUUUUUAGUCAGGUUGCCGUUCCUUUUCACUGCCGUCCCACUCUCUGUUCUGCGGUCCAUGAUGUCAGCAGUGGUUGGUUCUACUGAACAAGGUACCCUCUUUGCUUGUAUUGCUUUCUUAGAAACACUCAGUGGAGUCAUUUCAGUUUCUACUUUCAAUGGAAUUUAUUCAGCCACCGUUGCUUGGUACCCAGGCUUUAUCUUUCUGUUGUCAGCUGUUCUGUUGCUAACUCCACUCACCAGUCUAUGUGUCGCCAAGUGCACCAGCUGGAACGAGGGAAGCUACAUGCGUCACACAGAAGUAGAAUCUAGUGAAGAUACUUCGGACAGAUAACAAAUUUAUGAUGAAAAUAUAUACACACACAUAUAUACACAUAUCAUGCUCUAACUUCUGAAGACUGUGACCUACCUCCACAAACAGUCCUUCCUGAGUGAUCAACGCGCCAUGUCCUUCUUUUUAAACAGAGCAGUCAGCUCCUGAAGCUAGCUCUUGACAGUACCAUGCACUUUGAGCACUUUAUGAAGAAAUACCAUGUGAUCUGUUUCCAGUAGAAGAACAAAACAAAAUACUUCCCACUUUUGGAUUUAGGGGGAGAAAAACAGGCACUUAAAGGCGUAAGAAGGGAUUAAGAAACUCUACACAAUUAAAAACAAUAAUUUCCCUAAUAUACUCCAGUCACACAUUGAGAUGUAAGAGAACGCUUCACCUUAAUUUCUUCAUCUGCAAAAUGGGUUUCUGACCACGCUCAAGGAUUUUGAAGGCAUGACUUGAAAAUUACGAUGCAGCAUUCACUGACAGGAGAAUAAUGACAGAAUCUUUAAAUAUAAUUUUAUCCCUACUUGGACAAUGCUGUUUGAUAGAGGUGCCGGUAAUAGUCAAAGCUUUUAAAAAAUGCAAAAUCCUUAAAAGAGACACGUUGAAAGGAUAUGUAUUUUUUAAUGUUUCAUCAAUGACAAUGGCAUGUUAAUUCUGUAUAUAAAACAGCAGUGAGUGGAUAACAAAAUACUUUCUAAAGAAAUGUGAAAACUAAGUAAGCACAAAUUAUAAAGUAAUAAUAUUACACCAAUAGUCAUUAUUUCUGUGAAAGGAUGUCUAUUACUUGCUGCCUUGUCCUCAUCCUGGUAUCCAUCCUGCUCUCUCAAAACACAUUUCUCCAUGCCUCCUUUUUUAAAAAAUACUUCCAUUUGGCCCUCUAGUCCUUUGAAAUUUUCAAGUAAUAGCAAAGCAUUGCUUUCUCCAUGUACCUUUCUUACCAUUUCUUCUCUCUUCUCCGACCUCUCCCAGCCCCUGCAGAGCACUUUGUAGGUAUUUAUGUGCUAGCACUUUCCAUUCCAAUAUUUGUCUGUCUGUUUGACCAUGAGUACAUUGAGGACAGGGACAAUCUUUGAUUACUUGGUGUAUCCUCAAUAAAUGUUUGUUGAAUAUUUUCACUGACUACAAAAUUUUGUCUUUAAUGCAUUAUGGGAGUAACCACUGAUAUGCAACAACUCUUAAGCCUGCCUGGCAAGUAAAAUGGAAAAUGUGCUGGCCUAUACACCUUUUAAAUUGGGUCUGCACAGGUCACUCAACAGCUACCAUUUUCCAAGUCACCAUUUUUUUUUUUUUUUGCAAUUUCUUUUUUUGU